UGGUGAAUGUUUGAUAAUAUUGUUUAUUAUUAUUAUCACGGAAGUUAUAUAUAUUUUUAAUCACUCUUUAGGUUUUCAUGAUGAUGGAUUUACUAAUGGUAAAACGGUGGACCUUAUACGAACAAACCUCAUUCAUGAAGCACCUCUGGUACGAGGGAGAAGAUUAGCGGCCAUAGCCUGGCUUGCUAACUCUAACCAGUGGUAGGGUCCAUCCCUGCUCUAUAUAAGGAUAACUCCUAGCUUACUCUGAUCGAUAUGUCGCGAGGAAGACAAUGUACUGUGAUCGGAAGAACUCGACGCACACCGCUUCUACACAUUACGAGCCUUACCUGUCUUAGGAAUCUUUCAAUUUGUACCACAUAUUUUCGUCGUUUGAAAAAGAAUCCAUUGCGACUACACCAUGAAGCGGAAGUGUCUAUCCCCCAGAUCGUCGGUGGCAGCCAUCUGUAUCUGCUUCAUUCUGAUUAUGAUCUUCGCUUUGAGUGGCAACAGUCGACAAGGAGAACAGUUACUGGGGAGUCCAACUCACCGUGUUUCAGGUUCUCGCCAUGUUUCACAGUUGACCCUGAACAGUCGACAAGGAGAACAGUUACUGGGGAGUCCAACUCACCGUGUUUCAGGUUCUCGCCAUGUUUCACAGUUGACCCUGAACAGUUCACAACAUCCUUUCACUCUCUUUCAGAGCAGAUGGAGCUGCAAAAAUGAGAGAGCGAUCAAGACAAGAAACCUGGAUUGCAAAAGCCGGUUGCCUGAUGUGAUCGGUAUAGGUGCAAAGAAAUGUGGAACCGGUGCGCUCGAAUUCUUUCUUCGCGGGCACCCAGCUCUACACAUAGCGGCUGUUGUAGAGGCCCAUCAAUGGGAUUGGCACCCGACAAGGAGUAUCGAAAAGUAUCGACAACUAAUGCCCAGAACUUCACAGUAUCAAUUGACCAUGGAGAAAACGCCAGCGUACUUUGUUGCAGACGACAUACCUGCCGCGAUAGCGCGGGACGUUUCACGCGAUAUCAAGCUCUUGCUUAUCCUGCGAGACCCCGUAAAACGCGCCAUUUCUGACUACACUCACAUCUUGGACGUGUUCCCGAAAAUGGCGCGUAAACAACGGUACGGCACCAGGAGACGGGGAAGGGUACCAAAGUACCCUCAAGCAAACAUAUCUUACGUCAUAGAAGACACAUUUGAAACCAGCGUACUAAACGAAGACGGUACAGUGAACGCCGAUAAUGCCAUCAUCUUUACAGGGUUGUACUCACGCCAUCUCCGUAAUUGGUUCAAGAUUUUCCCUCGCAAACAGAUACUUAUACUGGAUGGUGAUUUGUUUUCUAAGAAUCCACUACCUCAACUCCAAGCCACCGAAUCGUUCUUGGGGCUGCCAAAAUACUUCGACGCCGACAAAAUAUAUUUUGAUAAAGCCAAAGGGUUUUUCUGUCUGGCAAUGCCAUAUAAGCUCUGCAUGGAAAGAACUAAAGGCAGAAAGCACCCUAAAGUGAAAAGAGAUACUCUUAGAAAAUUGUACACAUUUUAUGAACCAUAUGAUAAAGAACUUGAGAUUCUAACGGGAAGGAAUUUUUCAUGGAUGAAUCUCAACAAUGAUGAAGUCACUGGUUGAUAAUAAACUUUUUAAAUCUUUCAGUUUCCAAGCAGCUUGACAAAAUUAUAUAGGCUAUAUAUUUAUUUAUUCGCUUAUUAAUUCGUUUAUUUAUUUAGUCUUAUAUUACCAGGAUGGAUUCAACAGUGACAUGGACACUGCUUACAAGAAUUCUCUGCAAAUUAACAAAUUAUGGACAGUAUUAUACAAGAUAUAGACUUUAUAACAAAAAAAUUGAUCCCAAAAAAUAAUUUAUUAGUCACACAAAAAUAUACGAGACCAAAAAAAAAAACAGAUUCUAACUCAGCCAGUAUAGAUCAAGUGUCAAUCAUAUUUUAAUCAUUUUCAAAAUCAAACUCGGGUUCCAUACACAUUAGUGUAAUAUCUGUCUCUUCAAUGCAAAUUUUUAGACUUUUAUCAUUUGAAAUCAUACAAUCUUGAAUAAUGUUAGAUAAUCAUGUCAUUCAAAUUUAAUAGAUAAUAUAAAACCAUAGCUUACAAUGUUGAUGCAGCAAUUUACCUUAUAUCUCUGAAUCUUCCCAUUAUAUACAUUUUAUUGCUAUAUGUAUUUGAACUCUUUUCUCAUUUAUACUUAUGGUAGACUAGAUGUAGUAAAUAGCAAAAUGGUAGAAUGUAAUAUGCUAUAAUUCUAUGACCAUACAAUGUCAUGUAUAUAAAUAUAUAUAUAUAUCAUAUAUAUAUAUAUAAUGAUGAUGUAAACAACGGUUUAAAAAAACAAAAAAACAAUUUGUUCACUAUUCAUCUGUUACAGUUAUACUUGAUAUACUAUGCAGUUUUUUCAUUAUGAAAUGAUCAUGCAGAAUACUAAAAAACAACAUAUUUUUCUUCUUUCUUAUUAAAUUGAUUUUGGUUUCUACGUCCAUUUUAUUUUAAAGGACAGACAUGAAUAGAAAAAUCUUAAAUACAUUUAAAAACAAAAAAAUUUAAGUAUAAUAAAAGUUGAAAUCAUUGUAUUCAAGAGGUAGUAUGCAAUUAAGUGGAGAACUUGUAAUUUUUUUACUCUACGCAUCUACUUUUAUUUCAUCUACGAAUUCUGCAUUUGGGUAAAAUCACAUCAUCAAAUGCUCUUCAACAUUUUACUCCGUUUUUUUAUCGGAUUGAUUUUUGUAAUAUUUCUUUUUCAAUGUAAAGUAAAUGUUUAUGAAUUAUGUAUUAUAAUCCUCUUGACGUUAUCAUUGCUGUUGAAUGUUUAUAUUCAUUUUUAUAAAUGAAUCUUGAAUAUCAGAAAUGAAUUAUUGAUUUGUUAGUUUUCUGU